AUUGACGAUACAUGUAAUUUUUGCAAAGUGAAUUUCUAUUAUGGAAACAUUAAAUACCUCAGUCUUCCUAAUUUUGUGCAUAUUUCGAGGAACAACGAUUAGUCAAAUGCCUCACACGGGAGAUUGUCCACCUCGCACAGCCCUUCACACUAUUGACGCUCGAAAGUUAUCUGGAGGAGUUUGGUAUGAAAAUCAGAGGACAGCCAGCCUCGUGGAGUGGCCAUAUAAAUGCAUCACUUUUAAAAUUCAGCCCUUCUACGAGCAUAAAAGUACACUUACGGUCACGUCCAUUCACAGAUUGGAUGGAGGACUUGUAAAAUAUUCAGUGUCCUUAAAAUCUCUGGACCCGGAGGGCCGCAAUGGAAAAAUGACUGCAAAGGUUCCACUAGUUGAAGGAAAAAUUAGUAGGAUUUAUACAGGAAGGCAGAUGCCAAUUCAAAUCUUGGCCAUGGACAAUUCAACAACUUCGUGGGCUAUAGUCUGGAGUUGUCGUGCAUUUCCGAGAACACGUCUUCACACUGAAAGCGUUUGGGUAUUAACCCGAGAACGUGAAUUGGAUGAAACAGUUUCUCGUGAAAUUCAAGAAUCGUUGACUGCCCUGAAUUUGGAACAUUUGGUGAUGCGUGACUCCAUGCAAAAUGAGUGUUCUUUGGAAGAUGAGAUAAAAUAAUGGCGAUAAUUACGU